AUGUCCAUUAAGCCGCUGCCUGAGGACGUCAUCCGCCGCAUCAGUUCCUCAGCAACCAUCACCUCUCUCGACGCUGUUGUCUGCGGCCUUAUCAAGAACUCAUUCGAUGCAGGCGCAACCAGGAUCAACAUCACCGUCGACUACUCUCGGGGCAACUGCACAGUCGAAGAUGAUGGGCUUGGAAUCCUGCCAAUCGAAUUUCGGGAGGCUGGCGGACUAGGCAAACUGUACCACACAUCUAGACACUCCCCUGAGAGCGAGGCCCACGGCGCCAGCGGCAACUUCCUCGCCUCGCUUGCCGCCUUGUCUCUGCUUUCCAUCACCUCUCAUCACCAUUUGCACAACUCGCAAAACUCUCUGACGCUUCAUAACGCCAAAGUCUUGGCACGCAACGUCCCUGCCUUACCGGAACAGCGCCUCCUUGCCUUUGCCCAUGGAACUCAAGUCAUCGUUAGGGACCUUUUCGGUUCUAUGGCCGUCAGAGUCAAGCAGAGAGCCGUGGCCGCUGAGAAAGCUGCCGUCGACAAGAAAUGGUCCCGCCUGGUUCACGACCUCGCCGCUCUCCUGCUGGCAUGGCCGUCGCCUGUUGCCCUCUAUGCCCGAGACACACUCCACAAUAAUGAGAUACGCUUCAAGCCCACCUCAACAGCCCAGUUUAUCAGCUUUGGUGUUCACCCCGUGGCUAACGAACACGGCACCAAUGUCUUGUAUACCGAAGUCAAUCGCGUCUUUGUCAACUCCGGUUUUGCGAUUGAAGAAGACGUAGACAUGUCACUGGACCAGGACGAACUACUGAGGAACGCAACCGGACACUAUCAGACAUGA